UUACCAUGUGACUACCCUUGCACUUCACCCGUCGCAGCCUCCGCCGGCUCUCCUGCUGGCUGUGCCUCUCCGCUCGACCUCCUCAUUGACAUGGAGCCCUGCAUCGCCAACCUUCCCCUGUCCCCCGACCCUCUGAACUCCUUCCCCCGACACAGACCCGGCAUCCCUUACUACCCAGGCAUACAGGGUCCUUCCUUCCCACUCAUGGCUCGAUGUAACAGCAGCACCCUGCUCACUAACCUGGGUUUGAGGUACUGCUCCAGCAGACAGGGGCCUUUUGAUGCGGUAUCAGGUCAGGGGUUUGUUCACGGCUCCUGCGGCCACACGGGGAACAAUGGCAGCAGACCUUACAGGAGCAUGGAGAACCUGAACUGGAACAAUGUGGCUGAUUCUGGCCUGUGUGGAUUCAGUGCUGCCCCCUACAGGAGCAUGGACAGUGAGUUUAUCUUACGUUACACCUCCUCUAGCCACUGGUGUGGGAGGUCUCCUGAUGGAUCUAUGGUGGAGGCCCAUGGCCUUGUACCUAACCCAGAGAGCCUUGCAUUUUAUCCUAAGCAUGGACUGCCCAGGAAGGACCUACCACUUUUCCCUCAGCUGCUAUUUCCUGCCAAUGUCGAUGAAUGGGAUGCAAGGAAAGGCCUAAGAGAGAAACUCCGUCUCCAGAGUGCAAGGUCAUCAGUUGAGCCGUUGAAGCCCCUUCCUCUGCGGCCUCAAGUGUCACCAAGUGAUCAAGAAGGUGUUCAUCAAGUGAAUUCACAUGCUGUGUCCAGGCCGCUGGGCACGAUGCGCCUCACAAACCCUGAAGACAUCAAACAGGAGGUCAUGAGGCGCUUACAGCUCCGACGGCAGAACAGCAGCCCCAACCUGGCUCUCCAAAGCCCAACAUCGGGCCCAAAGGGGGUGAAGACGUCCUACACCACAGAUAAUAUUGCCGGUGAUAAGGAAUCUGCAUCAGAGCGCAGUAGACCUCCUGUGGGACGCCUUCAUAUCCCUACGUUUGAGGAGUUUAAGAGGAUGAGGCAAAAGGAGGGAGAACAGGGAAAAGAGUCCACAGCAGGAUCUGUGGUUUCUGGAAAACCUGAGGCUGAUUUGAAAAAAGACGCAGAAACAUUAGAUGGUAAAAUCUCUCCAUCUGAUCGGGCUUUUCAGGUAAGCUCAAGUGAAGGACACAAAAAAGACCCAGAGAAGGAUGAGGGGGAAACAUGCAGAGCAGAAAGGACGGACAGUAGUGAAGCUCUGCACAAAAAAUCAGAAACACCUCCAUGUAACAUCAGUGCAGCUCCUACCUCCACCUCUACCACCAGCACAUUCUCCCCCAUCCGCACUGUUCCCUCUCCACGCCCACCCCUCCAGCCCCUUGCCAGCUCAGCCCAGGAGAAACACCCUGUAGCUGCGCUGGGAGACGAUGGGAGCACCCGGCGUAGGAGGAGCAGUUUGGAACCAGCUGGAUCGGUUCCCUUCCCACCCUGUAGGGAGAACUGGGAGCGACCCUCCAGCUGCUGCCCAGCUCUCCUUCUGGAGGGGACGGACCUGUCGAGCUAUGGAGCCAAGAUCUAUAAGAUGAAGGAUGGACUCAUCGGCUCAGCUUUGGACCUCAUCAAGAAGAGCUGCAGUGCAGAGAUCUCCGCUGAGGCCCCCGUCAGGCUGUCAGCUGACCGGGACGGAGGCUGUGACAUCACCGCCCCCUCGACCGACCGUCAGCCCUCCGCCGUUGCCAUGGCAACGUCGGCAACGGCCUGCGGAGCUGAGGCUGGCGACGAGACGCCUGCAGAAGGAGGAGGAGAGGAAGCAGCAGAAUGCCACACCGGUCUGGGCUGCAGGCGCUCCAGCUCGGACGCAGCCUAUGAGCUGGCUGAGACAGUGAGGGCUCAGCGCGAGUGUCGUCUCAGGCCUCACUACAGCGACCCCAUGCCAGCAGACGCCUCAAAGCGCAAACAGCUGGAGAUGAAGAUCGCUGCCGCCGCCAGACUCCACGGCCAUCGCCGGGACAGAGACAGGGACAGCGCUCCAGCAGCUAUUCGCGGCCGCUCAGAACCCCCUGGAGAGGAGCGACAAGCAGGUCUGGGAGUGACUCGAGCUGGGCAGCAUCGCUGGAGCACCAUCAGUAGCCUGAGCGCCGACAGUGGAGUGGUGGGCCUCAGCGACGAGCGGGAGGAGGAGGACAGCGAGCCUCGCCGCCACCGAAGAACCAGAGGAGCCGAGGUGGAACGAGUGGACAGCGGCAUCGGCCCAGGUCUGUCACGUACAUGGAAGAGACCGUCCUCCUCCCUGAGGGCCUGGGAGGCCCAGAGACCCUGUCCAGACUGUGGGAUGAGAGACGGGGCAUCCAAAGAGCGAGGGGAGCGCAUGUGUGAGCGUUGCUCAAAGCUGCGGACGGAGCGAAAGGAAGCCAUCCUGGAGUUUCUCAACACAGAGUCGAGCUACGGCGAGGACCUGCGGAUCAUAAAGGAGGAGUUUUACUGCCCCAUGCAGAGCGCCGGACUGCUCACCGCAGAGCAGCUUGCCGUGGUGUUUGGUAACGUUCAAGAGCUCAUAGACGUUAACGACCGCUUCACUGAACACCUGCAAGACAGCAUCGACCAGGCCUUUGACCAGGGAGAUGAAGAUCUGCUGACAGUGUACAUAGGAGAAAUCUUCCUGGAGUUUGUCAACAUGCUGCCUGCCUUCCAGACCUACUGCUUACAGCAGUCCACCUCGGUCAACAUGCUCAACACGCUCGAGAAGGAGAAAGAGCUGCUGAGAAUCUUCCUGGAUGUUUCCCAGAAUGACAACACUGCACUGCGCCGAAUGAACUUACGCUCCUUCCUCAUGGCGCCUCUCCAACGUGUGACAAAAUAUCCGCUUCUUUUGAGUCGAAUCAUUAAAGUAACUUCUGAAUGUCAUCCUGACUACUCGCGUCUACGUGAAGCUAAGAGUCGGGUUGAGUCCCACCUGGAGCACAUUAACAUGAAGACAAAGCAGGAGGGCAAUGGCGUCACUUGGUCACUUCGAUCAUUCCGCCGUGAUAGCCGUAAAAAUCGUGAAGUCAUCAACAUAGAGAUGCGGGAGGUGUCGAUGAAGACAGUAGGCUGGGCGAGAGAAAACACAAGAUUUGUCAUGGAGGGACCCCUUCAGUUGUCCCAACCAGCCGAUGGUCAGUGGGUGAAGAAAGGCAGCAAAGCCCUAAAGUUUCAGAACGUCCAGAGUCUGCUGAUGGUGAGGACACAGCGGGCUGGGGAAACCCCAGGACAAGGCACCGACACUGGGGCAAAGGUGGAUCAAGUGGAGGUCAGUGGAGAGAGCAUUCGAGAUGGAGUUCUGGUUCUAAUCAAGGACAAGAGCAGCGGGAAGUUUGCUGUGUUGAGAGAGCCAAUACGUCUGGGAAACUGUGUGGUGUCAACAGAUCCGGACAGUGAGGACACAUUCGAGGUGCUUGAUAUUCGGAAGGAGUCUUUCGUUUUCCGUGCCUCGGACAAAUCUCGCACCCAGCAGUGGUUCCACCAGAUAAAGAGGUACGCUCGAGACUUGGGCACUUGGAGGAAACGGCGCAACGCUUUGCCCAACAUCAUGAUUAACACGAACCAGGCUCGCUCCUGAGACUGACCAACCCCUCCGCCUUUGUAACACUGUAAAUAACCUGAAUCCUCCUACUGCAAAAACAAACUGACAGCAAGAAGCAUUUCUGAGUGAAACCACUGUUAUGACUCAGUAGAUUUCAGUAAAAAAUGUUCUCAAACUUUCAUAGGUUUAAUGAACUGUACAAGAGAAGUGGACAUAGCUCAAAGACUGUGUACGACAUGAACGUAGGCUCAGUGACUCGACCUUAUGGUCUCUACAAUAGCAGGCAAACACAUGGAGCUGAGACAACCUUGGGCCUAAGCAUUAGCCUCCUGGCUAACAGCUAAAAUGCUGCUUCCUGUGAAUUUUAUUAGCCACACCCCUAAUCAUGCCUAACCUAUAGCCUUAAUAAAAACAAAUAAGUUUCUUCAAAAGUCAUUCGUGAACAAUGUGUACCAACAAAGAAAUAAGCCAAUGUAUCAAAGAAAAAUUGGAAUCCAGCUGUAAACAUGUUUAUUUCUUAUGGAAAAAAAUUGAUAUUUUAGCAUGGGUGUUAAUGAGACAUGCAACAUUUUGCAACCAACCUCAAGUGGACACUCAAGGUACUGCAGUUUUUUGCUCUUCCACAUUGGCUUACUUUUUCAAUACUGGAAGUUACCACCUGACAAAACCACAGUGGCAUCAACUUUUAAUUUGUUUUUCACCUUCUAAUCCUCACGUUUGACAUUUUUACCCUCACUACUGUGAUAAUUUUGACCCAGAUUUCACUAUGUUUUGAAGAGAGGGUGGAUACACUUCAUUCAGUCUCAGUCCUGGUUCUUUGGUUGCUACUGUAAAGGUAUGUCCAUUACAGACCUAUCUUUGUUUUUAUUCAAAAUUGGAAUAUAUGCACAAAUUGAAGCAUGCUGCUAUGCUAAUAAGAUUUCAGACAAGUGACAUAAAGCAUGAAUAUUUACAAAGGCAAUAAAUCAACUGUAGGGAAGGCUCUUUUGUCUGUGUGGCUGCAUACGAAGAUUCCUUACUUCGCAACACAAUAGACACUCUCUACUGGGAAUUAGGAAGAAUACAGUUGUAAAUAGUUUCUCCUAGGUUUCUCUUUGGAGAUUAGGGGUUAUGUCCACUUCUUAUAUACAGUCAAAAGGUUAAGAUUCUACACUUUUUCUUAACAGAUAUAAAAGUGCACCAUACUCAUUAAAUGAAAUAUGGAGAUUUUGUUCAGUAACGCUGGAAACAAUUCUUGGACAACCAAAUAUCCUGGGCUGCACUCGUCAGCCUUGAUUGUAAAGACUGUUUGCUCCUGGAGAAAGAGAGCUGUGUGUCUGAAAAAGCAUGUCUGAACAUGACUGACUGCAAAAAGAAACACUGUAACGUCUUUUUAUACAAGGCAUUUGUUGGGGGGUGAACAGUUGUUGUGUUGUAUGAAAAGGUGAAAAUGUGGUUCAAAGCUUUGUUCAAUGGUUUCUGUUUGUUGUCACUGCCCUCUCCUGUUUUUGCACCGCCACCUCUUCUGUAUGUCGGUGGUAGAGCAACCUUCACUGCCACAGAUGCAGUUGAGCAGAGCCUCUUUAACAGGCUGAACAGACCUCCUGGACCACUGUGUUUGAAAUUUUAAAUGAGGACUCACAAAACAGCAAUAAUCUCUGCCAGUUUCAAAAUAAGUAGCUACUGUUUAUGCAUUUUACGUCCCAACAUUGUCCUUCAGCAUGCAGGUUUGCCCUGCUGUAAUGUACUACCAAGUUUAUCAGACAGAUUUAAUGCAAUUGAAGUCUCAAAUCUGGUCCUGCUUGUUGAAACCCAGUAACAUUGCCUUUAUUGUAAGAAUACUAACUAGGUCUCUGUUCCAGUCGAUCAUGGGAGAAAUCGUCUUAAAGCAGUGAAAGCAGUACAUGAGAAGUUUAAUCAAUCUUUCUGUGUUAAAGUCAUGAUGAAGAGUUGAACACAGUUACCCCUUUGUAUUGUUAAAUGUUAGUUUUACAGCCUUGGGUUAUGGAUCUCAUAGUCAGGACAAUGGGAAAGCAAAAUCUUGCCAUGAAAUCCAGAUUAUAAAUCACACCUUUAUAAAAGUUGCAGUAAGUUUUGGGGCUUUCGCAGAGGUAAAAAAGGUUACAUUUUUCUUCUUGCAGGAGGAUUUUCCAAGAAGGAUGCACUUAGCCAGCCAAUCAAUUAAACGUCCGAUCCUGUGGUAUUCAACACCAAAAUAAGCCCUCUAGUCACUUAAGCUAAUUUGUUAUAUUUUUUACUAGUUAAGGCCCACAAUCCCAAUCAUACACUUUCUAGAUUGUAAUGCAGCCACUCCCCACUAGUAGCCACUGAAGCUGUCAUUAAAUAGCUACUGCCAUGCCACCAUAAUGCUCUGCAACCUAAUGUAAACAGCAGAUGGGUAGCAUUGAUAGCACCUCUGAGGAAUAGUGUGGUUUAGCAAUAUUUUGAUCCAGAAACUGGGGGAAAAGUUUGAAAAAAAACUGUCAGUUUAACCACAUUCAGCGCAGAAAUAUAGUCAUUCACCUGAUGAUGCUGUGAUCUCAUAUGUAAAAGUGCUCAAUUUCCCCUGGUUUCAUAGUGUUUACUUUUGUACAGAAGAGAAUUAGGGCCAGAGGUGAAGGAUACAAUAAUGCUGCUGCACUUCAAGAUAAAGUUAAAAUGAUGAGAAAAAAGUUGAAAUACAGUUUUGAGAAAAAAGUUGAAAUUGGAUCUUAGACACUGUUUACAAGCAAAAGGAGAAGGAAUCUCAUUGUUAUAUAUAGUAUAGUUUCACAUGGGCAUUGAUACAAGGCAUUUUGUAAGACAGUCAAGAUUUUCUGUUUCUUGUAGUCUUCAGUUCUUUUCGCACAGGAUUAGUAUUCCCUGGUGACCUGUUGACCUUUAAUAAUUCAUGAAUGACAGUGUUUGGUGCAGUGCAUUUGCACUGGAUAGAUAAAUCAAUGCAAAACUUACUGACAGUUAGGAGGUAAAGCAUGAAGGUGCUGCAUGACAGCAGCACUAAAAAUACAUGAUGAAUUUAUUCUCAAAAUUUGACUUUAUUAUCAAAGUUUACAGCAUUUUUUUCAUCUCUGGUCCUUAUCCUCAUACUUUAGACCAGUCAACUAAACACAAAUUAAGUUUGUGUUUAGUUGAUUAGAGAUUAGAUGCCUUGGAAAAUCAAGCAAUGCCCACUUAUUGAGUGCAAUUUCUGUGGAGUGGUAUACUCUUUUCCAUCUGUUUUCACCAUAAAUACUUUGCACUCCUGCUAGCUAAAAUACAACAGGCGAUCUCUCAGCCUACAGUGAUUUGUGAAGUACAGACACACAGCCUGUUAGUUGCUCUGCCUGCCUUUCCUGGUCACUUAUUGUCUUUAACUGAAGAGUCUUUCAGUCAAACCAGCUCCCCACAAGAUUUAUUUACUUGUCAGUACCUUUAAAUGCAGAGUUAUGACUUAAGGCAGGCAAGAGUAGCUCCAGCCACAGCCAGCUUGGCUUGCAUUAUGAAUCCCAACACAUUCAUAGCAGUGAAGGGGCUACUUAUGAUAAUUUUAGGUCCUGUGCAAUGUGUGUUGUUGGCGGCUGCUCUUGCAGUCAUGACAGUGUUUCCCAUCACUCUACUGUAUACUAGUUAACUGACUCAACUAGAAAGAAAUAGGUAUAAAAGGUGCAUUUACACACUGGAUAUAACAGUAAUUCAUAUAAUCCUUUGGGGUAGAAACUUAAAAAUAGUGCAAAAUGUGCAUCUCUGUGUACAUAACUAACAGUACAGUACAAAUCAAUACAAAUCUGGACAAUUUCAAUAGAUUAUACAAAAAAUACAUACUGAAAUGUUCUUUUUAACCAGCAGAGGGUGAUAUCUGCUUUGGGCUAUGCUGUUAAGCAAUUAGGUUACAUUAUUAUUAAGCAACAAAAUCAAAAGAGGUACUUAAAUUGAUACAGAAAAAUAAGAAAAGGUUUUUUUUCUAGUUUUAUUCGAAGAACUGAAAUAAUCACAUUUUGUUAGGAAAUUUUCCUCAGUUUCUUUUAAAAAUGAGAAAACCCUAAAAAAAACAUGACAAAAUCAUGUUUUGAAUCCCGUCUUGUGAUAGAUAUUGUUUGUGAGUUGGGGGCAUCAUUUCAUCCCAACUCUGAAUGGUCCAGAACUCAACUUUACUGAAUUAAAAGCUCAGGCAUGGACACAACACAUCUGAGAAACUGGAGAACUUUUUAUUUUCACAAAUUUAUUAUUUGAGUGUCCUGACAAUUUUUGUGUAAAAAGGUUGAAAAACUGUGGUUACCCGGCAAACUGUCAUCAGAAAAUCAUCCCGUCCAGACAAGGUUUUAACUGUGUAUUAAGUGGCCUAGCGAUGAGCUGUUGUGCCUUGGUACUUGAUUACUGUUAUGCUUAGAGGUACUGAAUCUUUUGCAGACUGUCACAGUAGCAUUUAUCUCUGAGAUACAGACAAGGCUGCCCUCCACUGGCACUUGGUUGAGUUCAUUUUACAGGCAAUAUAAUUAUUCCUCUGACAGUCUCUGGCUGCUGAUCUUCUCUCUUCUUAAGCGUGUUUUUAUUUAUAAAGGCUUUAUUUUGUUUAAUGCACUUUAUUAAAAUUCAGUAAUAGAAUGCUUUCAAGUAGAACAUGUUACACAAUCUUGUUUGUUUAUAAUUCUUCAAAUGAGAAGAAACCUUACUGACUGAAGCAGGUUUUUGACAAUAUUGUCAGCAAAUCAAAACUAAUGUUUUAAGACUGAUGCUGUUUUUUUUAAUUGCUUCAAAGUAGCACUAGAAAAAGGUAGCAAAUCACUGUGUUUUGGAGGGCAGGGAGGCUCGGCUACACAUCAGUUCUCGAAAAAUGCUGUUACAAAUUGUAAAAAAAACAAAAAGUUUUAAAUGCCUGCCGAGUUGAAUACAGAGUCUUUUGUUUUCCUUGUUUGCAUUUUGACACCUGCUGUAUUAUUUCCCCACUGUAAUAUAUUGUGAAUUAUA